AUGAGCAGAGAUUAUAGAAAUAGCACAUCACAGCAAGGAUUCUACAUCUUGGCAUUUUCCAGAAUCGCAGAAGUACAAAUAAUCCUUUUUAUUCUUGUUUUACUUAUGUACCUGCUGUCUAUGGUUGGAAACCUUGUUCUUUCUGGACUAGUAUGUAUAUCACCACAGCUGCACACUCCGAUGUACUUUUUACUAUGCAAUCUUUCAUUUCAAGAUAUCAUCUAUGUAUCUGCCAUCCUGCCAAAGCUAUUAGCUAUCACAAUUACAGGAGACACCUGGAUUUCUUUUUCAGGUUGUAUCACUCAGAUGUUUAUGUUUGUAUUUUGUCUCGACACAGAAUUUUUUAUGUUAACUACUAUGGCAUAUGACCGUUAUGUGGCCAUCUGCAUCCCUCUUCGUUAUACCCUUGUCAUGAACAAAAAAGUGUGCUGUCUUAUGGCUUCAAGCUGUUGGGUUGUAGGUGGAUUAAAUGCAAUGAUGCAUUCUAUUCUGAUGUCAAAUUUAUCAUUCUGUGACUCUCAAGAAAUCAAUCAUUUCUUCUGUGAAAUAAAAACCAUGCUGAACCUCUCCAGUAGUGAUACCUCAAAAAUAAUUCUGUUAAUUUUUAUCGAAGGUGUAUUCAUAGGGUGUUUUCCAUUUGUUUUAAUUAUGACUUCCUACAUUUUCAUUAUAUCUACCAUCCUAAAGAUUCGUACGUCAUCGAGAAGACAGAAGACUUUCUCAAGCUGUUCCUCCCAUCUUACCAUUGUCAUGUUACUUUACGGAACUUCCCUUGGCUUCUAUAUGAAAUCUGAUUCUGAAAAUUCUCAAGAACAAGACAAAGUACUUUCUUUAUUAUAUAUCGCUGUGGUCCCAAUGUUAAACCCAUUGGUGUACAGUUUGCGAAAUAAAGUGGUUUUAAGAGCUAUGAGAAAAGUAUUUAAGCAUGCUGAUUAUCAGUAA